AUGGCUCCUUUUUCCAGUCGAACCCAUGGUCCUUCCUGGUUCACUGCUUCGCUCGAAGAUGCUGUGAAGAACGCCAACACAGAGGUCGAAGAUAUAUGGCAUGCCUUUCUCUUCACAAGGCUGCUUGUUUCUAGGAUCCUGCCAGUAAAGAGCCAUGUGUUUCUGUUGGCUUAUCAACCUAAUUUUGUCUCUCGACAAUUUGGGUUGUGUCAACUUAUUCCUGUUUCUUUAUUCAAACGAAAGCCUGUCGAAAGGAAGGUGGCGAAGAAAGAGAAGCUUGUGGCGAAGGCUAGUUUAAAUACUGCUUCUAAGCCAACUACCUCUUCAAGCCAGGGAGUGCCUUCUGGUGCUGCUCCAGAAAAAACGAAGAAGAGUUCAAAGGGUAGUGGCAAGCCUCCUUUGACGCCCAAGAAAAGAAAAGACUCCACUGCUAAUGUAAUUCUUGUCGAAGACGAUGAAGAAGAUACUCCUCCAACUCCACUUAAGAAAAAGCAGAAGAAGAAUAAGGACAAACCCACCACUCCCCUCAUUUCUACCACUAAUCAGAGUGAUCCUUCGAGCGGCAUGAAUCCAUCUCCUCCUCCGACAAUCAGCGGUGCUGUCCAAAAUAAAGGAUCUUCGACUGGAGCCCAAAAUAUCGAAGCAGAUAACACCCAGAACGAACAAGAAACCUCUUCUCCUGGUGAAGAUGGUAAAAGAUAUUCGAAGCACAUUGACGAGAAGGACUCGGCAGAGAAAGAAGACUCUGAGGACACUCCCAGUAAUUCUCCUGCAAGAGUUGUGUUCCCUUCAGAUGAUGACGAUGAGGAUGAUCAGGAUUCUGAUGAGAUUGAGGGGUAUUUUCAGGAAGAUGAAGACAUGAAUGUGGGAGAAGCUGAUCCUGAAGGAAAUCAAACUGGAACUGGUGACGCCAACGUCGACACGGUCCCAAAUCCAAUUAAAAUUCGACCAUCCAUCAUCCAGACUUCGCCUAUAUCGCUUACUGAGGAGGAGAAAAAAGCUUUAAAACAAAAUGAUCCCCUCAAGUAUGUAAGGUUAAUGAUGGCUCAAAGAGAAUCUUCUUUAGAGCAAAGCAUUUUUGGAGCUUCGACCCAUUGUGGUGCUAGUGCAAACGAAACAUCACAUGACGAACUCCUUCAGCAGGUGAAGAAGGAAAUUUUUGAUGUAGAUCUCUUUGAAGAAUUAAGGAAUAAUGUGGGAGCGAGCUUUGGAAUAAAGAAGCUGAUAAGCAAGAUUAACAUCACUGCUUGGCCCACUGAUAUAGGUGAAGCCCUUAUCGACAUUCAGAACCUCAUUGACCAAGUUUGUGCUGAAUAUCAUAGGGAGGUGGAUGCCAAAGCUAAGCUUCUAUCAACUGAAAAAGCUCAAGCCACUGAGUUUGACAAUGUCCUUCGUACUUCACAAGCUUCUGAGGAGUUAGCCGCUUCCAGAAAAUCAGCCCAAGCAGAAUUCGACACUUACACUACUUCGAUACGUCUCUGGGAAUCUCAUAUUGCAGAAUUGCAGAAGAAGAUUUAUGAUGCUAAGACGAAGCAGACUGCUAUCCAAGGCUUGGAUAAUACUUAA